AUGGCACCACUCGCGCAUUCCCACUCGCACUCUCCAAGCAGAUCGUCCGAACACAACGCACCAUCAUCGCCAUCAACUACUGUCACCACUCCAGAUCAGUCACCUGGCGCCGACGAUGAUAUCUGGGACACAUCAUCUGACCAUCAGCCUCCCCACUAUGGCAGCAACGAUAACAACGCCGUCGUUGACCAAGAAAACUAUCCCGACCGGCAAGGUCUGUCUCAAAGAGGGCCAGACCUGAUUCUCUCGGAACUUCCAACGUUGCGCCGGCAGCACAUGACCUCCGGGUAUCGCGAGGGUCUAGCCAUUGGGAAGGCUCAAGUCAUGCAGCGCGGGUUCGACGAAGGCUAUCCGUUUGGUGUCGAUCUAGGGCUUCGUAUCGGAGCUGUGCUCGGCGUGCUCGAAGGUGCACUUGCCGCGCUGAAGAAGGCCUGUGCCGCAGGUCAAGGUCCAGCUGCAGCCAAGAGAGGCCGACGACCGUCCUCGUCGUCAGGAAAAUCACCUGCAGUGGUAGCCCCAACCCCCUCCACAACAACCACAAUAGCGGCCCCGAAGCCUUCAACUCCAAGAGGUGAUGAAUUGCGCUCGUUCUUGACCUCGCUUUACGCACGGGCGCAGGCAGAGCUGAGGAUCUCGGAGUUGAUGAAGGUUUUAGACGAUGAGAAGGUUGCGAAGCUGGAGCCGGGAGACCCUUUGCCCCCAGCAAUUGACGGCGUGGUAUCGCAUUGGGAGAGGAUCGUGCUGAAUGGUGCAUUUGAGCCGCUGUCAUCGUUGGACGAUGUCUCAGCAGCGCCUGUGGAAAGCAAGGCGGUGGAGCAAGAAGGCACUACAGCGCUCGCUGUACAGUCUGGGGCCACCAGUGAGCUGGGAAAUUUGGUCUCUAUCAAAUUUUAA